UUUGGUCUCGCUAUUGAUGAGCUGUAUAAAAAAUUACGCGAUAGAACAUGGAAGUGGACGUUUAUUUUCUAUCGAUUUAGUCAUUCCAGUAACGCAACUAAAGUAGAUAAAUCGCGUAUUGAUACAUCAUUUAUUGUUGUUUAUUAAAAAAUUGAGUGUAUUAAAAAUUAAGUAGUAAAUUUAUAAUCUUCGAGGCGGAAAAUUGUCAACAAUGCCAAAAUCAUGUAAUGGCCUUUUUUAAGUCUUAUACCAUCGCAUUGAAUUGUACGAUAUAUUAUGGUCUGAAAAGCAAAGCUGGCAACUUAUUUAGCAAAAACCUUGGUUAUACAUUUUGCUUAUUAAAACAAUACUGUUCAAAGAGCAUCAUGAAGGUCCUCAAUGUUGCUGAAAAACCUGAUGCUGCUAAAAAUAUUGCUGGUUAUUUAUCACACGGUACCAGCAGAAAGAGAGAAGGUUUUUCCAAGUACAACAAAAUCUUCGAAUUUAACGUACAACUAUGGGGCCAAAACUGCCAAAUGCUGAUGACAUCUGUAUCUGGCCAUUUAUUAAACUAUGAUUUUACAAACGCUUAUCGUAAAUGGCACAGCUGUCAUCCAUUAAACUUAUUCGAUGCUCCAGUAUUUAAGCGGUGCGUGGAAGAGAAUCAUGAAAAUAUUAAGAAAACCUUGGAACGAGAAGCACGAUUCUGCAAUGCAUUGAUUAUUUGGACAGAUUGUGACAGAGAGGGGGAGAACAUAGGUUUUGAGGUUAUUCAAGUCUGUCAAGCAAUCAAGCCUAAUAUUCGUGUAUACAGAGCAAAAUUCUCAGAAAUUACGAGAUCGUCUGUUGAAAGAGCUCUGCAAAAUUUGGCACAGCCAAAUAAGGCGAUGAGUGAUGCCGUAGACGUAAGAAGUGAAUUAGAUUUACGAAUAGGUGCUGCGUUCACGAGGUUUCAGACCUUAAGAUUACAGAAAGUAUUUCCCAACAUUCUUGGAGAUCUGCUCAUCAGUUACGGAAGCUGUCAGUUUCCAACGCUUGGAUUUGUAGUCGAGAGGUUUCUUGCCAUCGAUCGCUUCAAAUCUGAACCAUAUUGGAAACUAAAAGUGAUGGACGAUCGCGAAGGGAUAUCUGUAGAAUUCAAAUGGGUCAGAGUAAGAUUGUUUGAAAAAAUGCCUUGCCAAAUAUUUCUGGACAUUUGCUUAGAACAGCCGGAAGCUACAGUGGAGAAAGUAACAUGCAAACCAAAAAGCAAAUGGAGACCUUUACCUCUGGAUACUAUUGAAUUGGAAAAGCAAGGCUCUCGUAAGUUACGCAUAAACGCAAAGGAGACAAUGAGGAUAGCGGAGAGAUUAUAUACCCAAGGUUUCAUUAGUUACCCACGCACGGAAACGAAUAUAUUUCCAAAGGAAUUGAAUCUAAGAUCUUUAGUGGAACAACAAAUAAACAAUCAGGAAUGGGGUAACUUUGCGCAAAAUUUACUGGAAUCUGGAAUAACUCCCAGACAAGGAAAGAAAAGCGAUCAAGCGCAUCCUCCUAUUCAUCCUAUAAAGUAUACCGACAAUUUGUAUGGAAACGAAGCGAAAGUCUAUGAAUUUGUGGUUCGACAUUUUCUGGCUUGUUUAUCAAAGAAUGCGGAGGGCCGAGAAACAACGGUGGAAAUUGAUAUAGCGGGAGAGAAGUUCAAGGCUAACGGUCUUGAAAUCAUAACGAAAAAUUAUCUCGAUGUAUACAUAUACGAAAAAUGGAGUAACAAGCAGAUUCAUUCUUAUGAACAGCGGCAAGUUUUUCGACCAACUAGCAUUGAUAUGGUAGAAGAGAAAACUUCAGCACCAAAUUUAUUAACCGAGGCUGAGUUGAUCGCAUUAAUGGACAAACACGGCAUCGGUACGGACGCUACUCAUGCUGACCAUAUUGAUACCAUCAAAUCCAGGCAAUAUGUGGGCUUAACGGAUACUCAACAUUUUAUGCCAGGCAAAUUGGGAAUUGGUUUGGUCAUGGGUUACGAUAAUAUGGGCUUUCAAAUGUCCAAGCCGCAUUUGCGUGCGGAUUUAGAAAAAGAUUUACAAUUGAUAUGCGAAAGUAAGAAAAACCCAAAUGAAGUAUUACAAAAUCAAAUUAAUAAAUAUCGCGAAGUGUUCCAAGUGGCUAUAGAACGCGCCAAUUUGAUAGACGACUCUUUAGCACACUAUCUUAAUGAGAGACCUCUUCAAACCGAGCAAAUACAGCUUAAUACUCCAGUGAUUAGUACUAUAUUUAAAUGUCCAAAAUGUGGCUCUGACAUGGUUCUAAAACAGAGACGACAAGGCAGAGGAAAAUAUAUCACCUGUACGGGAUAUCCAGAAUGUACCAACGUGAUCUGGUUUCCAGAAACGGUAGAAGAUGUUGAAGUUUUAAAUGAAACAUGCAAUCGGUGUACAGAAAAUAUACACAAAUUAAAAUUCAAAUUAGUCAGGAAUGUGAUACCCAUGUACGGUACCUCUCACACAACUUGUAUAGGCUGUGAUACUAUAUUUAACGAAAUGUUAAACAUUAAAGAAGAUUGCAUUAAACAAACUGGAAGAACGAAUUAUACUGCUCACAAUAAUACGAGAAAUACAUUAAAUUCCACCUCAAGUACAUCUCAAUCUACCUCAAAUACAUUUCAAUCACGAAAUACCCAGCCAGUUUCUAAUAGUACAGGAUUUGUACGAAAUAACAACAAUGUUGGCUUGAUCGGAACUUCUACCGUAUCAUCCAGCAGACCAAACACACAAAAUCAGAAUUCUAAUAUUUCUCAGCCGAAUAGCUCGAAUAGGUCAAAUACUGUCAAUAGAAAUACAACAUCGGACAAUAGAGAAAAUCAUUUUUCUUGGAUUAAUUCAAGUGAUUUCAACAAUCCAGGGAACAGAGCAAAUCAAUCUACGUUCAGAAAUUCUCGCAAUACGAAUAAUGUAAAAGAUAUAUGGGGUAAUACAGACAAUAAUGCUGAGAUUAUAUGUCACUGUCAUGAGACUGCGAUUCAGUUAACAGUUAGAAAAGAUGGACCAAAUAAAGGACGUCUGUUUUACAAAUGCGCUAAACCCCAGGGAAGCGGUUGUAACUUUUUUUUGUGGGGAUCUGACAGCGCCGAGUCUAACACAGAGAGCGAACAUUCCACUUGGGAACCUAACUGGAAUAGAAACAACGAUAGUGCUCAUUUUUCUGGUGCUUCUAAUAACGAUUGGGGAAAUCCGUCUACGAAUAAUGUUAUGUGUAAUUGUAAUCAGCCCGCUCGAAAGUUAACGGUUCAUAAAGAUGGCCCUAAUAAGGGACGACAAUUUUAUGGAUGUCCCAAGGGUGUAAACUCCACUUGUAAUUUUUUCAAAUGGACAGAUGAAGAUGACACCAACAAUAGUCACACGGACUGGAGCAAUUCCACUGCAAGAGGAAUAGGAAAUAAAGCACGUAGCAAAUUUUCACAAAAAAGCAAUGCCCCUAAAAGACCCAAACUCACCGGAGGCAAGAGAAAGUGUGGAAAUUGCGGAUUGGAAGGUCAUACGAGGAAGAAAUGUCCGAAUAACGCGAUGGACUGACGAAUGAAUUUUUUUCAAUACAGUAUUG